AUCACACACCCACACUUCAGCCUUCCACCCCCACAACAACAACCAUCAUCAACAACUUCAUCCACAUCUUCACAAGAAUCAUCAACAAUGGCUCGCACUAAGCAGACCGCCCGAAAGUCCACUGGUGGCAAGGCCCCUCGCAAGCAGCUCGCUUCCAAGGCUGCCCGCAAGUCCGCCCCCUCUACCGGAGGUGUCAAGAAGCCUCACCGCUACAAGCCCGGUACCGUCGCUCUCCGUGAGAUCCGUCGCUACCAGAAGUCCACUGAGCUUCUCAUCCGAAAGCUCCCCUUCCAGCGUCUCGUCCGUGAGAUUGCUCAGGACUUCAAGUCUGAUCUCCGAUUCCAGUCCUCCGCCAUCGGUGCUCUCCAGGAGUCUGUCGAGUCUUACCUCGUCUCCCUCUUCGAGGACACCAACCUGUGCGCCAUCCACGCCAAGCGUGUUACCAUCCAGUCCAAGGAUAUCCAGCUCGCCCGCCGCCUUCGUGGUGAGCGCAACUAAGCGAAUGGCUUUGGGAGGAUAACGAAUUUUUUGCUUUGACACGAGGGAUAUCAUGGUUAGGGGAUAAUCAAGGCGUUCAUGAGGAACAAUGUUUUAUACACUCAGGCUUGUACAUUAAGUGGCAAGCAAGUUAGCUGCCUUUAGCAAUCGACCAACGGUCUUUGAUCAUCAUCACACCUUGUUCCGCAUGACUCGCCACCAAUGAUUUUUUCUUUCUUCCUUAAUUAAUGUAGUUUAAUCGCCAUUGUGCACGCACUUGAGUAAACUGUGACCAUCGCGCCUGUAGUAAACACGCGUCUUGCUCGCAAACAACACUUAGCAAAUGCCUUACCCGUCUGAUUCCA